AUGCACUACUGGCGAGGCGUCAUCACGCACCUGAGCAUUGUGCUCGCCCAGCCUACGUAUCUGGCUGUCAGACAUUUCCUUGGCCAUGUGUCUUUUCAGUCCAGCCAUCCGCUCUAUGUAGCGACACACGUCGCGGUAUGGGUGUAUAUCGCGACGCGGAUCACCAUACCCUUCUUCAAAUCACCGCUGCGUCGACUACCCUCACCACCGGGGGAGAAAUUCCUACUAUGUCACCUGAAUUUUAACGGAGGACAGCCUCCGACGACCAUUAUGGAAGACAUGGUGAACAGCAUGCCCAACGACGGUAUUCUCGUCGUGUGGCUACCGCUCUACCUGUCGUGCGAGAUCAUUGUGACCCGCCCAGACACCCUGAUGGAUAUGCUCAACUCGCACAACUACGACUGGGAGAAGCCGCCCUUUAUCAGGAAAGCCCUGGCUGGGAUCGUGGGCGAGGGACUGGUGAAUGUCGAGGGCGCGAAGCACAAGGCCAUGAGACGGGUCGUGGCACCGGCCUUUUCCGGGCGCCAUAUUCGCGAGCUGGCCCCGCUGUUCUACUCCAAGGGUCUCGCGCUCGCGGCCGUGAUGGCUCACCAAGUGAGAGACUCUAGCGAUGGAGUAUUGGACGUGACGGGGCCAGUGUCUCGCGCGGCGCUGGAUAUCAUCGGUGCGGCGGGAGUAGGCAUGGACUUCGACACUCUCGAAAACGAAAACUCGCGGCUGGCGAAGCUCUACCAGACGGUCACGAACGCGCCCGCUUUCUUCUUGUUGGUCAGCAUGCUGUUUCCCCGGUGGCUUCUCCGGCGGCUGAAAGGGACGGGCUUCGCGCGGACGAUUGAAGCACAGUUGCAACUGCACGACGAGAUUCGUAAGUUGAUGCAGGAAAAGAAGGCACUGUUACGUGAAGAGAAAUCAGAUGCACACGACGUCAACGACAUCAUCGCGAGUAUCAUGAGAGCUGGGGACUUCUCUGACGACUACCUCGUGAGUCAGAUGCUCACCUUCCUCGCCGCAGGCCACGAUACAGUCGCCUCGGCCCUGACAUGGGCACUGAUGCUCCUUGCGCAACACCCGCGAGUCCAAGAUCGUCUCCACGCCGAAUGCAACGCGAAACUAGCGCACUUGCCGACAUCAGAAGUCGGCGCCUCGACCUUCGAGCCCGAGAACAUGCCCUUCCUGACGGCCGUCUGCAACGAGACGCUGCGCUUGUACCCUCCCGCGCCCUCGACGGCUCGACACGCCGUCGUCGACACAACCGUCGGAGACGUGCGCGUUCCCAAAGGCACCGUCGCCACAGUCAGCCCGUGGGCCAUCAAUCGGAGUCGAGCUCUCUGGGGCGCUGACGCCGCUGAAUUUAACCCAGAUCGAUGGCUUGAGGGGCCCCAUGCAGCCGCCGGCGGAGCGGAGAGCCCAUAUGCCUUUCUCGCCUUCUUGCAUGGGCCGAGGAGCUGCAUCGGGCAGAGCUUCGCACGGCUGGAGGUAAAAUGUCUACUAGCCGCGCUGGUGACGAGAUUCAGAUUUGAAAUCGCGGACCCUGGCCGGAAGAUCAAGGUCGUUGGGUUCGUCACCAUCAAACCACAGGGGGGUUUGAGGUUGAAGGUGCAUGAUCGUAAGGAGAGAGUUGAUGGUGCAAAUGCUGAAAGCCAUGGCUAG